AUGACUUACGAACUUACAGCCACCGGCAAUCUUGGACCAGCUAUCUUGACCGCACUUCGCUCUUCCAAGCGAUUCGAUGUCACUGUUUUGAAGAGAACUGGGUCGUCGCACCAGUUCCCUGCCGACGUUACAGUCAAGUACGUCGACUAUGACAACCCUGCUUUGUUGGCUGAAGCUGUUCGUGGACAAGAUGCUGUUCUUUCGACGCUCUCUGUCUUCGGCUCAGACGCGCAGGAGGCAUUGGUCGAUCCGUCUGUUGCCUCCGGCGUCAAGCGAUUCUUGCCGUUGGAGUUCGGUAGCAGCACUGAAAACCCCAAGGUCCAGACGAUCCCGAUCUUUAGCGCUAAGCUACAGCUUCAGGAAUAUCUGAGAGCGAAGGCCCAAUCCAGCCCGGCAUUCACAUGCAGUCUUCUCUUCUGUGGUCCCUUCUUGGACUGGGGCUUGUCGACGGGCAUGCUGGUUGACAUCAAGAACAAAAAAGGCCGUGUUGCGAGACGGCGGCAAUGUGCUAUUCAGUGCUUCUCGACUAUCUACGGUUGGCCAGGCCGUGGUUGGGGUUUUGUCUCAUCCUGUUGA